AUGCAGUCUGGCAUCUCCGGCACGUCGUCCCAUAGCGCCAUUGAGCUCGUCUCCCAGUUCAACACCCUCCUGUCCUCCGACGACCAGUUCGGACUCCUCGUCACGAUCGACUCAGAGACCCUCCAACCCGUCCAGUUCCUGUCCAAGGCCUCGCCCUCGGCCUCCUUUGACGACAACCUUGACUCCCUCCAACCUCAUCUCAAGCCCAAUGAAGCCCUUUACGCCCUCCUCCGCCGUCACGACACGGCUCCCCACCUCACUGCCGUGACCUACGUGCCCGACUCCGCCAAGGUUCGCCAGAAGAUGCUCUUCGCCUCUACCCGUCUGACCCUCGUCCGCAAGCUCGGCUCCGAGCACUUCCGCGAGUCCAUCUUCGCCACGACCCCCGAGGAGCUCUCCGCCAAAGGAUUCGCCAAGCACGAUGCCCAUACGGAGCUCGAGGCCCCCCUGACCGAGGAGGAGCGCAGCCUCGGCGCCGUCAAGCAGGCCGAGCAGGAGGCGAGCACUGGCACCGGGACUAGGGAGAUCCACCUGAGCAAGACCCUGGCCAUGCCCGUUGCCGAGGAUGCUCUUGCGGCCCUGAAGGAGUUGUCGUCCGAGGGCGGCAAGGUCCUGGUGAUGCUGAAAAUCAACCCCGAAAAGGAAUCUGUCGAGCUCGUCCCGUCGAGCGAGAGCCCCUCCUCCAUCAGCGAACUCACCCAGGUCAUCUCGCCCACCGAGCCGCGCUUCACCUUUUACCGCUUCACCCACACCCACAACGGCGCCGAGUCGAGCCCCCUGCUCUUCAUCUACACUUGCCCGGUGACCCCCGGCAACAAGUCGAUCAAGAACCGCAUGCUGUACCCGCUCAUGAAGCGCGCCGUCCUCGAGGUCGCAUCCUCCGAGGCUGGGCUGACGCUCGACAAGAAGUUUGAGGUUGAGGAGCCAAGCGAGGUCACCGAAGAGUCGGUCCUCUCGGAGCUGCACCCCAAGGUGACGGCCAGACAAGGAUUCAGCAGACCCAAGCGGCCCGGUCGGUAG